UUCAUUUCUUCUUGGUGGUUGUGUGCAUGCGGUGGGAUUGUGAGUGCGUGUGUGAGCCGUCGGCAAUGCUGACUUCUUCCGAGUGUGGUCUUCCCAGGCGAUGGGCUGUGUGUCCGAGGGUGAUGGUGUCCGCGCCCUUUGGGUUGUUGAUUUGGAUUCUUCAAGCCCUUCUGCGUUUUCAUCGUUGUAUACAGUUAUGCUCGUUGGCUUUCUCGACACGGGUCUGCCUCUGGGUGUUGGGUUGUGUGGCCUUGGCGAUUGUGUUUGGGUGGUUUCGUUGUGUCGGGCGUGUGUGAUCCUGACUACCUUAGUUGUCUGUCCGUGAGCGAUUGCGUUGGACUGAUUUCGUUGUGGCGAGUUGGACAGUGUGCGGGCCCGACCAUGUCGACUUGCGGGGCAGUGUUGGGUUGUGUUUACUUUGCUUCCCUUCUGUGGGGCUGGACCGUGUGUGGUCCUGUCCAUACUGGGUUGUGUGCUUGUGUCCUUUAGAAGUGCAUUUGCAAAUCGCUGAGGGGUGGAGGGGAGGGCGAGCAGGAGAUGGGGCCGCAAGUUGAGGAGGCGGCAAGGGGGCGGGGAGAGGGAUUUCACAUUUUAUUCCAAAUUAUGAUGUAUUCGGAAGCCAGUGUCGGCUUGGAUGGGCAGACGGAGCCCGGUCGGCGGCUGCUCUGUCCAGAGGCCAGCCUGUGCCCCGGUGUUCGAGGGGUUUGUUAGAGUGGGAGGUUCUUCAGGCUCGGAGCUGAGCAGCGCUCGCCAAGGCCCGCGCCUUCAAGCCGGUAGCCGCCGGCUUCGGUUUCCGCCGCACCCAGGCUUCAUCCAUUUCUGGUCAGUUUCGCGGGUACCUCCGCCGGGGUCUGCGGGAGAGGCCUGGAAAAGACAAUGGGCGCAUUCUCCAGGUUUCGCGCCUUGGGUGGGGACCCUCGGGAUAAUCUCCAAAGAACACUUUCCCAUCCCCUCCCCGGGUGAACGACAUUGCCGCGUGGGUCAGGUACACGUCGCGUCGGUGACCCCGGCCAGGCUUUGUGGAGGGAUGGGGUUAGUGCUGCCCUCGCUGCGAAAAAAUGGAUUUUGUUUUGCCAGUUAUUAUGGUUACUGACGUCGUCGCCAUCAUCCUCAUCCUCAUCGUCAUCAUCAUCCUUUUUAAUUAAAGUAAUGGUUCAGAAGCGAAGCGGCUUGUCCCUUUUAGCUUCUUUGGAGCGAUAACAAAGCAGCGCCGUUUCCCUCCCCCCUCCCCCCCCCCCCCCCCCCCCUCUAUUUUUUAAGUUGCUGAGCUUGGGGUUGGGAGAGAAAAUGGAGAGAGGGACGGACACACAGACUCUGUCAUAAAGCAAAAAUUAACCCAACCUAAGAUACGGGAAUGAGUGAAUUCUCCCUUCUUCCCACCCCUCCCCCCAUUUCGAUUAGAAGAGGAGAAAGAAAAUCUCCCGCAUUGGACUGAAACUGCAGGGAAGAAUUAUUCCUGUAUUUCUACCAAAGCUGGGGUAAAAAAAGAGUCCUUUGGAAUUAAUCCAAGGCUUCGAUGUGUAAUCAUAAACUGGACAAUUUAGGCAAAACAAAUUAAAACCCUUCGGAGGAAAAAAAAAAAAGCAGCCUAAAUCUCACUACACUACACCCUGGGAAGCAGUAUUGGAUUUGUGUUUAUCCUUCCUCCCUUUGCCUUGUUUAUUGCUGCAAGGAAUUACUAGAAUUCUCCUUUACUCUGCUAGUCUGAACACUGAAAAAUUGAAAAUCAUUGUGUGGGGAUGGUUGAAAGGAAGACGGGGGCUGCCUGUGUCUCUUUCUUUCUUUCUUUCUUUCUUUCUUUCUUUCUUUCUUUCUCAAUAGGAAGAAAAAAGGGGGCCUAGAUAGAUCAAGAUAUCUCUCCCUCCCCUCCCCCAUUCUCUUGGAUCAGUGCUGUUCUGACUCCAUUUCUCUGAGAAAGUAGCUUUUGGAAUUGGGUUCUGGUUUCACUUUGGGCUAGAGGUGGACAUGGAGAGAAUGGGGGCCUUGGAGAUUCUGCCCCACAGAUCAGGGUCUGAAGACUGGAAUCCCCUUUUCCAACACACAUUUCCCACCCACCCGUGCUAGGUGUUGUGGCUGCUGCUUGGGCCUGACCCGGGUUCCCAAGCCAGCCAACCGCAUAGACACGUCAGUGCUUAGAAAACAAACUCAGCUGGCCGCACUGAACCAGACAUCCCGGUUGGAGGGCCCGAAAAUGUUCUGGCAGUCUGUGGAGAACUGCCCAGGACCACACCGUGGCCUAACUGCUGGUCUCUCAGCGAGAGAGGGGGAAAGCAAAGACCCCAGUCCACAACUUGGACCUUGGCUCCCGCCCCUCUCCGGCGGAGUGGAGAUCCUAUUCAGAGGGGCCUGUCUCUCUAAAUAUGCCCCAGGCUCCUAACUCUGGGGCAGCUAUUUCUGGGUGGCGCAGGCUGCGUGUGCCUGGGCCGCUGGCAGGAAGAAGGCCCAGCCAUCCUGGCUAGUGCAGUCCCAACUCCGGUGGGCCUUGACCGGGGCCUGAGGCCUAGAGCGGAGCGGCGCUGGAACACUCCUCCACUCUGGUAGUAGCAGGGAAUGUGGUUCUGUUCUCGCGAAUGCAGCGCAGGCUUGGGGCUCCCCCGGGGGUUCGUUCGGGUGUGGGUGCAAUAUGAAGGGCAGGAAGCUAGCUCUUACCCCAGGUACCAGCGGAGGCUGUUUUCACAUGAGAAAUUUUCCCUGCCCGGAAUUGGGAGCUGCCGAGACCCCGUUGCUGCCCCCCAGGAGCUCCUGGGAUCCGUGCCUUGUUCAGACUCGAACGGAAACGUUGCGGCCAUCUGGCAACAGGAGAUGAGGAUCCGGUGUUGGGGGCUGCGAGCUGGUUCUGGGCCGCACAAAGACAGAGGAGUUGUAAUGGUCAAAAUAGUCUAGUGCGAUUCUGUUCAAAAGCUUCUCCCCAUUCCUUUGUCUUCCCCAAAUAAAAACAAAUGAACAAAGUAAAAAUCACUCGGGCUUUCCUUUCAGUAAUCUUAACCAAAGCCAAGUGAUUGGGGUUAGAAAAUCCUACAACCAGAGGUGCUUAUGAGUCCGCUGUUGGCUUCUGGAGCAUGGACCCUUGGCAUGGGUGAUCCUGGUUGCAGAACAGCCUGCCGGGUUUUCCUAAGGUCCAGGGAUGGGCGGGGAGAGGUCGGCCACAGACCCUGGGGGCCAAUCAAAGGUUUCUCACGGGGAGCCUCCGAGAUACAGAUAUUUAUAGGCCUCUGGGGAGGGCAUUUGGGGCCAGAGUCAACUCAUCUGGAAUAUGUGCUCCUCUUGCCCCUUGGGGACCCGCGCCUACAUGAAGCCUCAGAAUUAAUCAGAGGGUAUAAAUGUGUCAUAAGGAGAGCUUGAACUCAGUCUGGUGAUUGCAGUGUGCACCGUUGGUCACUCUGGUUAGAAGCUGGGGCUGAAGCACGUGUCACUGGGCACACAACGGUGUGUGGGGACAGUAAGGAUGACGGAGCGGCCGCCGAGCGAGGCGGCCCGCAGUGACCCCCCGCUAGAGGGACGGGACGCGGCCGAGGCCCGCAUGGCCCCUCCGCACCUGGUCCUGCUGAACGGCGUCGCCAAGGAGACGAGCCGCGCGGCCCCCGCGGAGCCCCCGGUCAUCGAGCUGGGCGCGCGCGGCGGUCCGGGGGGCGGCCCCGCCGGUGGGGGCGGCGCCGCGCGGGACUUAAAGGGCCGCGACGCGGCGGCGGCGGCCGAAGCGCGCCAUCGGGUGCCCACCACCGAGCUGUGCAGACCUCCGGGGCCCGCGCCCGCCUCGGCCCCCGCGGAGCUGCCCGGCGACGGCCGCAUGGUGCAGCUGAGCCCACCCGCGCUGGCGGCCCCCGCCGCUCCCGGCCGCGCGCUGCUCUACAGCCUCAGCCAGCCGCUGGCCUCGCUCGGCAGUGGGUUCUUUGGGGAGCCAGAUGCCUUCCCUAUGUUCGCCACCAACAACCGAGUGAAGAGGAGGCCCUCCCCUUAUGAGAUGGAGAUUACUGAUGGUCCUCACACCAAAGUCGUGCGACGCAUCUUCACCAACAGCCGAGAAAGAUGGCGGCAGCAGAAUGUGAACGGGGCCUUUGCUGAGCUCCGCAAGCUGAUCCCCACACAUCCCCCAGACAAGAAGCUCAGCAAGAAUGAGAUCCUCCGCUUGGCCAUGAAGUACAUCAACUUCCUGGCCAAGCUGCUCAAUGACCAGGAGGAGGAGGCUGUGGCAGCUCUCUGGAUGGGGCCGCCAGCCCGGACAGCUACACAGAAGAGCCGGCACCCAAGCACACGGCCCGCAGCCUCCAUCCUGCCAUGCUGCCAGCCGCUGAUGGAGCAGGUCCUCGGUGAUGGGGCCGGGGCCACUCAGGACCGGCCAGGAGGGCAGCCUCAGGCUUCUGGGACCGUGGGCUUUGGGGCAGGUGGGGUGAGGAUUGGGCAGCUCUGAAGCAGGGCAGUGGACUUGACGAGCCUUCCUUGAUGUCUGAACUUUGGGAAGUCCUAACUGCCCUGGCUGGCUUUCCUGUUUCCUGACUCAGUGGUAGAACAGAAAAAUGGAGCAAAGUGGUAGGUACUUUUUAUGAAGACGGCACGGUCUUCCCCUCCCCCAAAUCCCUAAGACUUUAAAGUAAAGAGCUCAACUGGCACUGCUUUUGGCCUGGAGCUUGGGACCCCCCGUCUUUGCUGAGACUUGGGGUUGUCGGCUCUCCCCUGGGGCAUCCAGCAGCCUCUGCCUUGCCUUCAGCCCCCUCCCAAGCUGGCUGGAGUGGCUUGUGUGGCCACCCCGUCCAAAUAUGUAGGUACCUGGUAGCUGCCCAUUUCUGGGUGAGCCCCAUCUUCACCCAGGCCCAUGUUGGUCCACCCAGCUUGCCAGCUGCCGCAGAGAGUCACAAGCCUCGAGGUGCCUUCUUCAGGGCCUGGUUGAAGAAGAUGGCCAGUGGACAGCCUGCUCUUGACUAGCUGGGCCGGAGGGUCAGAGAACCCAGUAGCCCUUACUCUUGCCCCAGGAUCAAAGUCUGCUUUCUCCCCACUGAGACUUGCCUUCCUAAUCCUUGUGGCUGUGGGGACCGAGUCUGUAGCUGGGAGCAUGCCCUGUUGGGCCUCAUGUGAAGGCAGAGAGAGGGAAAGUGAUUAGAAUGAGUUGAGCAAGAGCUGUUUAGGGCUGUGGGUUCACAUCCCGAUGGUGUCUCAGAGCUUCCUGCCUGUGUUCUGAGCUCCCCAUCACUGUUUGUACGGUGAACGAAUGCCAGUGUGCUGAUGGGCAUGUGCUUGUGCUGACAAUGGAUGCACAGCCCCAUCUGUGUGUCCUCGCAGAUACUCAGAGGGACCUUCUCACCCCCAGGAAGUCUGCUUGCUGAUGGUCUGGUCUGUGUUCUGAACUCAAUUGAGCACAAACCCUGUCCUAUGAAUUUCUGGCAUUUGGGAUUUUUGCUUGACUUCAGUUACUGGUGGGAUCUUUAGGUCUUGAUAGGACCCAGGCGCCAGCCCCCUUCUGGAGCAUGGGAAAUCCAGAGACCAGAGACCAGGCCCUGGCUGAGACCCAGACAUAUGCACAAUCACUUAGCAGAGUCUUCAACACCCCUCGGUUAUACAGCUUUCAGUCACCUAGGGUGUGUAUGGGAGGCUGGCUUACUGCAAUAAGAGUGUCCCCCUCCAAAAGUUGUACAUGAAAGUUUUGUAAAUCAAACCCUUAUCCUUCAUCUUUUAAAGAAUUACUACUGCAAGUCCUUUUGUAAAGUGAAGAAUUUUUUUGUAGAGUGGACCCACUGUCCUGUUGAUCUCUUGUGUCAAUCCAGAUGGUGGGACAUGGUUUUCUUAAGGCCAGGCCUGCCUGUGACAUGCAUUCCAAGCCCAUGGAACAAACUCCACCCAAGUCCUAUAUACCUGUCAUUGUACCCUCAAGUCACCGCAGCCAUCUCCCACCAGGCUCUGCCUUUGGGGUUAGAGGGAAAACAAUCCCUUGUGGUGAAGGACCUUGAGCACAGCCGAAUGCAGAUGGCAUGAUCCCUGCUCCCUCCCCUCCCCUCUUAAGUUGUGGGGUCCAGUUUGUGAGUAAGGGGGGAACAUGGUAACCUUUAUAGUACCAUUCUCCAUCCAUUUAAGACCCCCAACAUCCUAUUUUGGUGAACUUAGGAUUGGUUUCUUUCCAGUACUUGGAAGCUUCUGUGAGGAAUCCCAUCUGUCUAAAGAUGGAGCCCCUGUCCUAGGUCCUAAGACUCUAUUUACCUCCUGGCAGAGUAAUUUGACUUGGGAGUGAAAAGUGGCCACAGUAUGGAUGAGUGGAGACGAUUUAGGAGAUGAUCACACAUUCUAUCAGGAACUCAAGCUUCUGGCUUCCUCCUCUCUCAGACAAUAUGGAUAAGUUACCUCUCUCAAUGUCAGUUUCUCAUAAACACCCUGGUUUGGCCUGUCUCCUAGGGCUGUGGUGUAGACUGAGUGGAAUCAUGAAAGUAGCAUUUUGAAACCAGAAAGAACCCUUCUGCCCUCAGUAUCAUUGCUGCAGUGGGGUUUUUCACCCUGAGUGCAGGGCCUGGGCAGUGGGCCAGCCUGCCUGACUGCAUAGCAUUUGAGCAAUCUAGGUUCCAAACCACUUUUGCCUGAAUUAUCCUGAUUGUCCACAUUUCUCCAGAUUGACCUCAUUUUCGUUUCCUUCCAAGGGGAGGCACAGGAGUAAGAAUGGAAAAAGACACGGGCGGAAUAUGUAAAACGUAAUACAGCUUCCCCAAACUGGCCUGUGUAGGGAAUGGUAAGGCUUCAUGUCUUUGCAAGACCGACAGAAGAUCCAAAAUUUUCAUUUUCAUGUCCAACUGCGCACCCCCCGCCCCACCCAGCAUACCCUUCUUCUUCCUCUGCCUCACCUGUAAAGAGAUGGCAACAUUCCAAGAAUUG